UUUUAUGUGCUUAUAAAAUAGAAACACCGUCAAAGCGGAUAAAACGAUAAACCCAAAACGAAAUCAAACGAAAGCAAACGAAUCGUAUCGAGGCGAAGACGAUUGCGAAUGUGAAUUUGAACUGGAAUACGAAUAAAACAACGCUAUGCGAAUUAAGCCAUAGACAAGCAAGACGUGUGUGUAUGGCAGAAACAAACAGCAAACGAAACGUAUCAAAUUAUAACUUAAGCACAACUUACCACCGAAUCAAAGGAACCACAACCACAAAAACAAAAACAACAUUAACAUCGAAAUCAACAAUAAUAAUAAUGCAAUAAAUAAUCGAAAAUAAAUAUAAAUAAAAUAUUCUGCGAAACAAAAUAAAAUCGAAUUGGAAUACGAAAUCGACGCCUUUGGGGGCAAACCAACAACAAACAACAAAAAAAAAAGAAAACUAUCAUUUAAAUUAGAAACAUAGCAAACGUGUGUGUUGGUGUGCGUGUGUGUCGGAGUGUGAGUGUGCGUGUGUGUUCUUUGUGAGUGGCAAAGACUGAAUACACAAGACUUGGACACAUAACACGCAACGCGAGCUGCGCAUAAUUUAUACACGAAAAGUCCUUGCAAGGCUGCUUCUGCUUCUUCGCUUCUUCUUCUGACGUUUGCGUGGAGAACUGGCAAACUGGCUGCAGCAAAAUUAAUGUGUGAUAGCGCCACAACAGGAUGCUUUCUGACCAGAAGCAGUGGCCGCAAGGAGAAUGGAAGAUCAGUUCCUGAUGUUACUGCCAGUCCGGGCCGUGCACCGCCCGGUCCGCUGCCCGCCAAUCAGCUGUCCGGCUUGGGCAACCAGCAGCAGCAUCAUCUUGCCAACCAGCAGCAGCAGCAGCAACACCAACAGCAGCAGCAGCAUCAUGGCAACCAGCAACAGAAUCGCAAUCAAAGCGGCAACUCAAAUGCCACCGGCGGUGGCAAGGAUCCCGUGUUGCUGCAAGGCGACUUUCGCAAAGUCAGCGGCAUCAGUUCGGAGAUCUUUCGUCAGAUAGAAGCCGUUGAGAACGAUCAUGAUCCGAAUACGGCGGCUGCACUCGAGGCCGUCGAGCGACGCGGCGAGAUGAUUGUGCGCAUCCUGGAGCCACGCUCCAUGGGCAGUAAACACGCUGUCGAUGCCGCCCACAAGCUGAUGAACAAGGCCGAUGGCCGGCAUACCGUGCAACUGGUCGAGAUCGUUAAACGGCCCGGCCAAACCUUAGGUCUCUAUAUACGCGAGGGCAACGGCGCCGAUCGCACCGAUGGCGUCUUCAUAUCCCGCAUUGCCCUCGAGUCGGCGGUCUACAACAGCGGCUGCCUUAGGGUGGGCGACGAAAUCCUGGCCGUCAAUUUGGUUGAUGUCACACAUAUGUCGCUCGAUGAUGUCGUCAUCAUCAUGUCAAUUCCUCGACGCCUGGUGCUGGCCAUACGCCAGCGGCGUGGCAAUCGUGGAGCCGGAUCGCCGGGACCGCCAACGUUGUCGCGACCGGAGCAGAAGCCCCCGCCGGUGGUCGUGAUAAAGCGUGAUCUGCGAGACGAGGAUCUGGAUGAGACGGAUCGAAUGCCGCGCCCGCGUUCAUCACGUGAAAGACGUACAGGAGAUGGCCGCGAGAUGACCGAAUCACGUUCAAGACUGGGCCUGGGGCUGAACAACUACAGUCCGCAGUCGGAGCAGUUGGACAUGUACUAUAACACGCGAGCCGGCGUCAAUGCCAUGGGUGAGCCACCCAAUUGGGGAUACAAACCGCCGCCGCCGCCCUCGCAAUCGGUCAUCACGGAGCAGCCCACCAAGGGACAUGCGUUUGCCCCGUCGCACGCCUACUAUCAAAAUGCUGGCACACUGGAGAGUCUCGCCGAGAAGGUGCACGCCUUCUACCCAGGUGCACCGGGUCAGCCUGUGGGUCCAUCGCGUCGCAUGUCCACGGGAACGGGCAACGUGGGCUUGGCCCAACAGCAUGCGCGCUUCCCGCGCUCCGGUUCCGAUCAGCACUUGCCACGCGUCGAGUAUGCGGACUAUUCGAACUCGCUGGGUCGUCACUCGUUGCUGCGCUCUAGCCUGAAGCCAGGCACUGGCGCACCCAUGCCUGUGGGCGUGGGCGGCACCUUGGGUCGCUACGGACGCUACGAGCAACAGCGUGGCGUGGUGCCCAAGUACGGACCGCCAGCUGCGGGCGCACAGUCGCUGACGCGACGAUCGCGUCCGAAUCUGGACUACUCCAGCGACACGGAGGCCACGAUUGGCCCUCGGCCCAGUUACUACUAUUAUAAUCGACCCGCCAUUGGCAGCAUGCCGCGUGGAGCAAGUGGCGUGAGCAGCGGUGCAGCUGCUGCGGCGGCUGCUAUGCUGGCCGGUGGCGCCGAUCUCAACAAGUUCAACUCACUGCCCAGGGAGCGUCCGGGCGUGCGCUUGCAGGGCAUUAGAUCACGGCUGGGCGAUCGCCUGAUCGAUGAGAACGAUGGCAACAUUUCGGCGCCGGAGUUUGAUGCGCGUCGUGGCCGCGAUUUGCGGCAACGCAUCAAUGCCAGUCCUGGGCCCUCGAUCUUCACGGCGGACGAGUAUCGCGCUUGGCUGCGACGAGCGCCGAGCAGCUCAGCCAUUGCGGAACAGAUGCGCAUGACUCGGGAUAUGUUCGCUCAGCCGCGUCCACAUCGGUUCUCCUGCAGCGCCGAGAACAUCCACGACGCACUACGAAAUGUAAAGAGUAUUUACUCAAGCAGAACGGGCAUACUUGGCGCCGGCACCCUGGACCGCAAUCUCGGCCUGACGCGACCCAUUUCAGCCUUGCCCGUGCGUUCGAUGUCCUCUCAGCACAUUGGCGGCGCAGGUUCCAUACGCUCGCCGAGCAUACGACGCAUGCGUCAGCUGCUGGAGUUGUCCGCGGGUCCCGCUAGUCCCAGUGGCAGCAUCAUGAGCACCGCUGGCCAUCAGAGUCCGGCGCCCACACCGAGCGCCACUUUGCCGCGUCCGCAUCGUCAGAUCGACAUCAAUCCGGCUGAGUUCGCCAAAUACAAGCUGGACAAACCAAUUGUGGACAUUGGCGGCAUCUCCGGCAUGCUCUGGAUACACUUGCUCGCCGGUCGCGGACUGCGAACAGCGCCAGACAUGGGUGCACAACAUGCAGGCGCCGGAGUGCCAGUGGCACCGACACAGACACGUGAUCUCUACUGUGUGAUUGAGUGCGAUCGCGUGCACAAAGCUCGAACGGUGGUACGAUCGGGAGAUCUGCAGUUUGACUGGGAUGAGUCCUUCGAACUGGAUCUAGUGGGCAACAAGCAGCUGGAUGUGCUCGUCUACUCCUGGGAUCCACAGCACAGGCACAAACUGUGCUAUCGCGGCGCCAUCUCAUUGUCCGCGGUGCUGCGACAGUCGCCUUUGCAUCAGUUGGCGCUGAAAGUGGAGCCGCGUGGCACGAUCUACAUACGCAUGCGGCACACGGAUCCGCUGGCGCUCUACAAGCGACGUGGACUGCCCAGCUUACGGGCAGGCUACCCAACACUAUUCGGUGCGGAUUUGGAGUCGGUGGUCAACAGGGAGUCGAAGGGUGCGCCGGGUUGUGCGCCAGUGCCGGUGGUGCUGCGACGCUGCGUGGAGGAGGUGGAACGGCGCGGUCUCGAUAUAAUCGGACUGUAUCGUCUGUGCGGCUCGGCGACCAAGAAGCGUCUGCUGCGGGAGGCCUUCGAGCGCAACAGUCGUGCCGUGGAAUUGAGCCCGGAACACGUUCCUGAUAUUAAUGUUAUAACCGGUGUGCUCAAGGACUAUCUCAGGGAGCUGCCCGAGCCGCUGUUCACGCGUUGUCUCUUCCAGAUGACAGUCGAUGCGUUGGCUGUUUGCCUGCCAGAUGAUCCCGAGGGCAAUGCGAAACUGAUGCUUAGCAUACUCGACUGUCUGCCCAGGGCGAAUAGGGCCACCCUUGUGUUCCUGCUCGAUCAUCUAUCGCUGGUGGUGUCCAAUUCGGAGCGCAACAAGAUGUCCGCUCAGGCGCUGGCCACUGUGAUGGGCCCACCGCUGAUGCUGCAUUCGGCGAGUGCGCAGCCGGGCGCUGACAUCGAUCACGCCCAGCCGAUAGCGGUGCUCAAGUAUCUGCUGCAGAUCUGGCCGCAGCCACAGCAGACGCAGCAUCAGCAGCUGGCACAGCACAGCGGCAUGGUCGGUGGCAUGGCCAAUGCCAGCAGCAUGAGCAAUAUGGCGGGUGUUGCUUCAGGUCGGCGCGGCGAGUCAACAGGGCAGCGUGGAAGCAAAGUCAGUGCGUUGCCAGCGGACAGACAGCAAAUACUACUGCAGCAGCAGCAGCAGCUCAUGGCGGCACAGGGCAACCUACUGCGCUCGUCCACUUCGGUAACCAACAUACUCUCCCAAGGCCAUCAUCAGCUCUCAGCCACAGCCAACAAUCAUCUGUAUCAAUCAGUAGUGGGUCAGUUAGCUCAAUCGCAUCGAGCCUUGCAACAAGCGGUGCAACAGCCCUAUCAAUUGGCGGCCUCAGCGGUCUCAGCAAUUCCCGACCAAUCGCCACUGCCACUUCCAGGCACACCCUCCCCCGGCAGUAGCUCAGCGUCGACGGGCUCCGGUUCGGGCUCGGGCUCCGGCAAGAGCACUGAUACCAUCAAGCGCGGUGCCUCGCCAGCCUCUGUUAAGCAAGUGAAGAUCAUUGACACGCCCAGCCCGUAUUCCAUUGUUCAGAAGAAGCCGCCGCUGCAGAAGGAUGCGCCCGUUGACAUAACCACACCCACUGGCCAGUCAGAGUUGUCAGGUUUAGCUGCAAGCAGCUCAACCAAUCGCAAGGGCGUUGACUUCUAUGAACCGCACAAAUCGAUCUCGAAAUCCGGCGAGGACACAUACAGCUCCAAGUACAACAGCAACAACAUCAGCAGCAGCUUGGACACCACCAGCAAGAAGAACAACUACACAAACAACAGCAGCAGCUAUUCGCAUGGCAAAUCCUCCACAGCUGCCAGCAAUGCCAAUGGCACCGACGACUACAAGGCCAUACGCAACAAGUCGAGUGCCACCUCGAGCAGCAGUUCAUCGCAGGCAACGGUGCUAAGUGCUGGCUCCACAGCCACCUCGGCACCGACCACCUCAUCCGAUGACUCCGACGACUUGAUCUCGUACAAAUCGUCGGCCUCCACUAACGCAUUGCUGGCCCAAUCGCAGGCGAUGACUACCAGCCAACUGAUGUCGAAAUAUCUGAAGCGUGAGCCACGCGUGCAAUUCACGCCCAUCAAGUCACCGGAGUCACCAUCGCCGCCCGGCGGUGGCGAUGGCUUGCCCAAGGGCACCUAUCAACUUGUGACGCCCAGCUCCAGCACCAGCUGCCUGGCCAGCAAACCGCCGCAGGCGAGCACGGGUGCCAUCAGCAAAUACACAACAUCAACGGCCACAGAGGCGAGCACCAACAGCAGCAGCAGCAAAUUGUCGUCGCCAUCGCGACUGGCCAAAGAUAGCAAGUCGAGUGGCGGCGGCGCAGUAAGUAGCUCCACCACCAGCUCCUCGUCGCUGGUGUCGAGCGGCAGGCGGCUGUUUGACAGUCUCGCCUCGUCGUCCUCCUCCGAAACGGAGACAAAGACUUACAUUGGCGGCACCACCGUUGCCAGCGGCUCCAGCAGCACCACAACCUACACCACGAACGAGUCUAGAAAUCUAGCCAGCAGCAGCAGUAGCAAAUCAACAGGGUCAGCAGCGGGAUCGGGAUCAGAGCACAGAAGUUUUGGUAGUGCACUGUUUGGCAGCAGUGGCCUGGGCAAUGGCAAUGGCCAUGGUCAUGGCCACGCCAGCAGCAAUAACCAUAACAGUCCCUUUGCCAGCACCAAUGGCAAUGGCAGCAGCAGCAGCAGCAGCCACAAUGCCAUGCACUUGUAUGGCACACUGCCCAAGAAUGGUGUUGCCAAUGGCAGCAGCAGCGGCGGUGGCGGCAGCGCCGGUGCCACAUUGUUUGGGGCAAGCAGCUCGGCGAGCUCCUCUUAUCACUCGGGCAGCGGCACUGCGAGCAGCAGUGGCGUUAGCUCCAUGACUGGCUCCACGAAUAGCUAUGACUUCUAUACCAGCGGCAGUUCGAGCAGCCAUAGCAGCUCACGGCCAUUGGCCAACGGGGGCAACAACUAUCACACAUUGGGCACGUAUAGGGCGCAAUAUGCGGCCACCAAUCCCUUUCUCGAUGCCUUCGACGAGAAGCCCAGCAAUGGUCAUGCCAGCCAGGACAAGCAUGCGUUGAGCAGCGAGAAGACGGCGGCAGCGACGUCCUCUUCAACUCAUCAGCGUGCCUCCAUGGUGGCGGCCUUUCAGUCGUCGGGCGACUCAAAGAACGGCAGCGAUGAGUACGAUGAUCUCAAGUGAAUGUCCCACAUAGAGCGGAAGUUGCCGAAAAUAGUUUUUGGGGGGCAAUGUAGUUACACAGAAAUGCUGAAAGUGUUCUUUUGGAGUAUUUACAGUUUACAAAUUUACAAACAACACACAUAUUUGCAAAAACAAAAAAAUACAAAAAAAAAAUAAAAUAAAAUAAAAAUAACUCAAAGCUAAACUUUAAACGAAAAGAAAACAAGCUAUAAUGAAACUGAAAAAGAUUAACGAAUUUUGAAGAUCAUAUUAAAUUACGCAUACGCAGAGGCAACGGCUGCAUAAAAUGGCUGCCAAGCUUUAAGUGUUAGUGUGAUUUGUGAGUAUAUUUGUGUGCAUGUGUGUGUGUAUGUGUGUGUUGUGUUCAACAGCUUUGCCUUAGCAGCAUUUACAUAUCUGUUAAGCUCAACAGUUGGCAGCCAUUUUGUUGCUACGAAAAAAUAUAUCAACUACUUAUUAAACUGACAUAAACAUUAACGAACAGUAUUCGAACCAAAAACUAAAAAUGGAAAGCUUAACCCGAUUAACGAUUUACGAUAUUCGAUACCCGGCAAAAUAAAAAAGCAAAGAUAAAAGUAUACAAAAUAAGUAACAAGAGAAAACAUUUAAACAUUUAGAAAAGCUAAACACAAAAGGUUGAGUGCGCAUUUAAUUAUUUUUUACAUAUACAUACAUAGAACACUUAACGAAUGAUACAGAUUUGCUGAUAAUACGGGGGGCAUGCAUAAAUGGAGCGAAUUAACACUUUUCUCCCCACAGCAGCCCUCCUCUCUUAACACGAGUAUGUUAGCUUAUUUUACGACUACGACGACCAAAUCUCUUAACUAUUAAAGACGUAUAAAUUUAGCUAAAAUAUUGGACAAUUUUUCGAGCAAUAUAUUUGCCUACAGUGUUUCUCUCUAAGCCUCUCUUAAAUAUAUACUUACAUACAUCAUUCACCCAGAUAAACGGAUAAAAGGCAUUUAUUACACUUCAUACUACUUCCACAGAAGUUCGCUUCUGUCCUGUUUCAUUCACAAAACCAAAAAAAAAAAAAAAAAAAAACACAAUUACAUACGGCAUACAUACAUAAAAUAACAUACAUGAAUUUAUUGACAAAUCGAUGUGCUUAGUUUUUUGUAUGAAACAAAGUCUGAUAUACACACUAAUAUACAAGAAUACGGUAUAUAAUAUUCUUAAACAUAAAUAUACAAGAAAAAACAUAAAAAAUAUACAUAUAUAUACAUACAUAUAUAUAUCUAUAAUUAUAUAGCUAUAUAUAUAUACAUAUACAGUGACAAAAAAACUAAAACACGCUUUGCGACUACAACAAAUGAAGAGUCUACAAAUUUUACAGCCAUUUUUGUGUUUGAAUACUUUACUGCUUUUUAUAAACUGGCAUACGAUACGAAAAAUGAAGCAAGUAAUCCGCGUGUGCAGAACUAACUUGACUAAAUCAUAACAUAACAAAUAAAUAAUAAUAUACUAUAAUUCUAUUUGAUAACAAUUCCUAUUAAACUGUAAAUACCCACAAUGUACUUAAAACUCUUGUGCUUUCAUGCCGGUCGAUCAGCCGAUCGACAAAUCUGCUAAUUCAGCUGAUUUACUAGUUAACUGAUCCAAUAUAGUCAUCAAAUUAACUUUUCAGCUAGUCAGUCAGUCUGUCAGUCAAUGUUUGCCAGUUAAACACAUAAACACAUAUAUUAUAGUUUCUAGUGAUAGGAAUAGUAACGAACCUAACCUUAGGCUUUUGCUAGUGCAUUUGUAGUGCAAAGAAUUAUUAUUUGACUUAGGAAGCCAGGGAGCAUUGUAAGCAAUAAAUACAUAAACAAAAAUACUAUUAUAGAAAUAUAUUCCCAACAAAUUAGAAACACCGAACAUUAUGGAAAAGCGUAAACACCAAAUGAAAACAUGGGCAGCAUAGCAUAGACUAAAUGCUUAUGUGAAGUCUAACAUAUAUGUGUAUGUCUAUAAUAUGAUACGAGUAUGUGUAGCAGGUAGACAAAUUUAAGUUAGUUACCUAAUGAAACACCAGCAUAAUCAUUCGUCUUCAUCAAAGUACAACUUUCUAUAAACUCAAUGAACAACAUCAAUCUACAUAUAUACUACAUAAUACAUAAUUGCAGCUUAGAUUCCGAUUCAGAUCAGAUUGACAUUCAAAUCAAUUAGAGAAACAUAAAUAAAAGAGAAAAUUAUGCGUAUAGCCAAAUCAGUGCAUUAUUUGAUAUUAAACAUGAAUAUUUAAGUAAAUGUGCGCAGAGAUCUUAUAAUUAUUACCACGACGAUGAUGAGGAUCGCGAUUUUAAAUAGCAAAUUAUUCGGUUAAUUGUUGUCACACUUAUUUUAUACGAAACGAAACAAGAAAACCAAAAAGAAACAAUUUUAAGUGUUAUACAUGAAAUACCAAAGAGUUAAAAACAACAACAACAACAAUAAACAUAACAACACGAAGAAAACCUAGUUGAAGCUAAUUAAUUUUUAUAUACGAGUAUAGUAAAUUGUUGAUUAUUAAAUAUAGCGCGUAGUGUUUUUAAAAGCAACAACUAAGCUAACAACAAUUUGUCGACAUGUUCUUUUUUUGACAUUCAUUUGAUAAAACUAUAAAAUUAUAGAUAUUUCCACUAUCGCCUUUUUUUCAAUAUGAAUUUAUUAAUAUACAUUUUCGUUUUAUUUGAUUUAAUCAAGCUUUAAUCGUUGAACGACUAAAAAAAUUGUAACAAUUCGAUCAUAUAUUCUUAAUCGAAACAAAAACAAACUCCUUCAAUUGAUUUUCAAAUUGUUGUGGCUUCUUAGUAAUAGCUGAGCUUUAGAUAAGAUACAAGCGUUGCCGGCAGGCUUAGUUAGUGUUAGUUAAUUGUGGUGUUCGUGGUGGUGGUGGUGGUGCAUGUGGUGCAAGUGGUGCAGGUGGUGCUUGCUGAGAGGCUGUUGCAUGCGAUCGAUCGGUUUGCGCUUUAAUUGCUGCGUAUGUUUAUUGUUUGGACUGUGCUCUGGGCUUGAUCUGCUUGAUAAUUAUACUUGUACUUCUCAAAACAAAAUAUAUAUAUGUUAUGGAAAUAUAUCACUGUGUCAUAUCGUACAUACUGUAUAACAAGUAGGGGACGCCAAGUUUUGGGGGGAGAGUAUCAAAUGAUAACUUGUUGAAGCAAAAGCAACUUAACCUUAAGAAAUAUAACUAAAUUAAUAGCGGCAAAGCAGCAACUAUAGUUAAAUAAAAAAAAAUAAAACAAAACCAAAAAACAAUAUUCAAUUGGCAAAACAACCAUUACAAAUUGUAUAUGCAUUUAAUUUAGCCUAAAUAAUUAAUAAUUAAAUACACAAAAAUUAAAAAAAAACGAAAAGAAAGGAAAAAAUAAACACGCAAAAAGAAGAAGAAAUAUGUUAAUGGCAUUUAGUGAGCAAAUAUGAAUUGAUAAAUAAUAAUAUGAGUACACAAAAAGCCACAUGAAAUUAAUGUUAGUUACCAGAACAAAGCAAAAGAAAAAACAAAAAACAAAAAGAGGGAAAAACAAAAACGAACUAAUUUAUUGAAAUGUAUUGCACAAUAUUGUACACUUAUAAAUAUUAGUGAAAAGUAACUAAAACUUAAUAGAAACGAAUACGAUGGCAGCAGCAGCGCUAGCGAACAAUACUUAUAUGUAUGUAGAUCCCUAGAUCCCUCGAACCCUGACCGUACCCAAGCCUUUGUUGUCAAUUUUUUGUAUCCUAUUUUGAAAAUAUUGUACUUACCCAUCCACACACCCAAUUAUGAGUAUUGUUUCGGAAUCCGUGUCCAUGCAUACGAGUACUCGUAACGGCUCAGUUGUACAAUAGUUUGAAUAAGUUGGAUAGUUAAUACACCCCAGUUAAGUAUAUAAGUAUCGACUUAUGAAUAAGUAUGUGAAUUUAUGUGCGUAUGUAUUAAAUGUGCCUAAAGAUAUCAUUUUUUUUUUGUGAAAAAGCAGGGAGAUCUUUUCUUCGAUUUGAACCUAAUACAAAACACAAACGCAAACACUUUUUUGGGGAUUCAAUUUGAAUGAACAACUUUGAUUCGCAGCACAUUUGUGCAACGAUUUCUUUUUGACGAACUUAGAACACACACUCACAAAAACAAGAUGGAGACCAAAUGCUCAGGGCUUAGCGAGUUAUUAUAAACAAAGUAAUAUACAACAACAAAACAACCAAAACAAUGUAAUGCAAAACCUAUUUAAGAACUAAUUGUAAUACACAUCAUGAGCAUGCUCCAUUAUAGUUAACAAGUACUAAGCAUUUCACUUGCGAUUAUUGGCUUUAGUCAUUCUGCAACUUCAACAACAGCCGCAACAGCAAAAAUAACAACAAAUACAACACCAUUAACAUCAACAACAAGAACAAGAACAACAAAGUGAAGAACAAGAACAAUCCAGAAAACAAAUUUACAAAUCCAAGCAAUCAAUUUUGUUAUAAAGACUGAAUGAAUAAAUCAAGAGAACACAACUCCCUAAGCAACCAGAGAGUUUUCAUAUCAAAUGACAAACAUUUUUCUGCAAUCCCCAAAUGAAAGAAAAACUUCAGUUAGAGAAACAUUCCAAGAGAACUUUAUUUAUUUUGUGACCUUUUCUAGCGCGUUCAUAAUACAAAAAACAAAUAGUCAAAUAUAGCAAAAAAAAACAAAAAAAAUAAUAAUUCAAAUAUUACCACCAGCAUUUUGCUACAAACAAACUAUAACUAAACAAAAAUGCAAUAAUAAUAAUAAUAUUACAAGUAAUAAUAAAUAUAAAUGAUAGUCUACAAUAUACAUACUAGUUGAGAAUCGUAUUAACGCAAGUGGCAUUGUACUUUAACGUAAAAUUAUCGACUAGAGAAUAAAGUCAUACGGAUCACAAGAACUUUGAAUUUGGAAAUGUUUUUUGAAACCCACCAUAAAAUAAAAUAGAACUCAAACGACAAAUCGAGGCAACAUACUACAACAAUGUCCGCAUUAUUAUUUAUCGAUUUCUUUUCCCAUUUCCAAAUUCAAAAUACAUCAGAGAAAUAGAUACAGCAAUAUAUCUCAAUGUUUAAAAAACAAACAAACAAAACAAUGAUCGAAAUUGAAUUCAAAUUUUUGAUGUACAUAUGCAUACG